UUGUUGAACAUUUUAUCUUUUUUGAAAGAACGGCAUCGCAAUUUAAUUAAACUAAAAGAUAAGGAAAAGCUAACCACAACUAUAUAUAUAUUGUAUUGAUUUCCACAGCAUUUUAAAUGUUUGGAGAUCUUAAGGCUCGAGAAUUGCAGACAACUUAAAAGAGCCCCAAGUUUUAUUGGAGCACAUAGUCUAAAGAUAUUGUCCUUCAUGGGUUGUCCAAAUUUGGUUGAAUUGCCAGGGUCAAUUAGAGAUUUAAAAAACCUUGUCAAGUUACACAUGGGAUUUUGCGAGAAUCUCAUCAGGCUUCCUAGUAGCAUUGGCAACUUGAAAUCUCUCAAGCUCCUUAGUGUUGGAGGGUGCUCCAAGCUAAAACAAUUGCCUAUUAACUUGGGAAUACUGGAGCAGCUAUGGGUGCUUGAUGCUAGUCCGACUUCUGUAUUUAUGGAUGAUCCUAUUUGGUGUUUGACAUCUUCAAAUACUAAUUUAUGUUCCUUGCGAACUCUACAUGCUCCUUACCAGUAUCUGCAACAUUUAGACCUUCAAGUUGGUCAUGGGAGUCUAUCCUGCUUGACAAUGUUAAAUCUAGGCUAUAGUGACUUUGAUACCUUGCCCUUUAACCUUUCUCAUCAUUUCCGCCUACGCUAUCUUAAAUUGGACAACUGUCAGAACCUUCAAGUGAUUCAAGAUCUUCCACCCAACCUUUUGGUGCUGUCAGCCCGUAAUUGUCCUAUACUGGAAAGCGUACAAGGUCUAUCUGGCUUAUCAAGGCUAAAGAAUUUGAACCUUUGUAAGUGCAGUAAUUUGAUUGAGCUUCAAGGCAUCGAGAAUCUAGGUGGUUUAAAAUACAUUGACAUAAGUGGGUGUAGCGCUCUGAGCAGUAAAUAUUGGUGUGAGAACUUCUUCAAGGCACAAUUUAAAACCCCAACCCUUGGACGGUUUAGAAUGAGUGUUUCAAAAGACAUGGUUACACAAUACUUGUGGAGCAACGGAGCAGUUGGAUGUUCAUCUGCAAAUUACAGUUCACCAUUGUUUUUGAACAAAAAACGGAUAUUCAUUGUUGUGAUGAUUUCAUGUUUGUUCCACAAAUGGGGUCUAUUCGAGUACGGAUAUGUUGGACCAAGGCUGCCAUGUAAGUGGGGUAAAUAUAAUGAUAAGGAGUUGGAAUGCAUAGUAUAUGAUCAUUUUACAGAACCCAAUAAAGUGGAAGAAGUAGAGGUGGUUAUAGGUUUAAAUUCAUCAUCACUUGAGCAAGGAGCGGAAGAGAAUUUCAUUAUUCAAACAUGUAUAGUACAUGAAGAAGAAGAUCAUGAGGUGUGCUUCAAUCCUAUGAAUCCAGUCAUAAAAUUCCAUCACCCUAAUAAAUCUACAUUCCCCUCGAGGGAAUCUGCUGUGAUUACUAUAAAACACAGAAGUAGGUCUCCGGAGGGCUCCUCAUUGAAGCAAGGACACACCGUGAUGGAUAAGGAUUUGUUUAUAGAUAUUCACCAGUCUUCUCCGCCCCCAAUCUCAAUCCGUAUACAUGGUCGGUCUUAUCCCUGGCCAUAAUAAAAAUAAGGGCUUAAUUGUAAAUAAUUAAAUAAUAAUUUUGAAUUUUUGUA